CGAUCUGUCCGAUCGCCCCAGUUUGACAUCGAUAUCAACGGGCAGCAUGCUGGCCGGAUCGUAUUCAAGCUCUACGACGACGUUGUCCCCAGAACCACUCGCAACUUCCGCGAGCUGGCCACCGGCCAGAAUGGUUUCGGCUAUGCGGGCUCCUCCUUCCACCGCAUCAUCCCCAAUUUCAUGCUCCAGGGUGGUGACUUCACCAAGGGCAACGGCACCGGUGGCAAGUCGAUCUAUGGCGAGAAGUUCGCUGAUGAGAACUUCCAGCUGAAGCACACCAAGCCCGGUAUUCUCUCCAUGGCUAAUGCUGGAAAGAACACCAACGGCUCGCAGUUCUUCAUCACCACCGUCGUCACGUCGUGGCUCGAUGGCGCCCACGUCGUUUUCGGCGAGGUUGCUGAGGGUUUGGACCUCGUCAAGAAGAUCGAGAGCUACGGAUCUGCCUCUGGCACGCCCAAGGCCAAGAUCACCAUCGCUCAGUCCGGCACCGUCUAA